AUGGCCGCGUUCCACCUUUUUCCCCGCCUCCCCUUUGAGCUUCGUGCUCGCAUCUGGGAGCUGACAGUCGAGCCGCGUACUGUCGAGGUCCGCGUAAAGAAAGAUAACAGUCUAUGGGGCGAGGGCGAGAUUCUGCAUGUAACCUCGUCAACACCAGUGCCUGCGGUCCUCCAGGCCUGUCACGAAGCCCGAAACCUAAGACUGUACCAGCAGGCCUUCAACUUCUCCUCGGCAGUUGAGCCGCGGUACGUCUGGGUCAACUUUGAUAUUGACAUGAUCUCAAUUGGGGACACUGGUUUCGACAUUAAUGAACCGGCUGAACAACUGCUGAUUCGCCGGCUUACCUUUGAGCGCGAGAAUCUCGACUGUACUUUCUACCCUCGGUCCCUCGAGCUAGAAAAGUUUUCUAAUCUGGAGGAAAUCCAUGUCAUCUAUAACGAAGGCAUGAUGGCAUUUCAGGACGCCUACGAAUAUAUUCCCUGGCCAUGUCCAAAACAGAAUCUGAAGAUCUUUGGUAAAAAAGUCGGGCUGAUAGCGGUUGGCGAAGAUAUGGAUGAGAUGGCGGAAACUCAUUUGGCCGCCUUUCCCGACUACCAGCGGCAGAUCGAACCGCGAUCCGGCGCCGAGCUGCCCUGA